AUGGUUUCAACAGAGGGCUUAAGUGAUAUUAAUGAAUAUCCUGUAUCAGAAUGGGGUGAUGAUAUUUAUUUUGGAGAUGAUGAUGAUUAUGAAGAAGAACUUAAUUUAAAGACAAAUAGUGAUAUAACUACUAGAAGUUAUUCAAGUAGACCAGGUACAAAUAAAUCAACAGGUUCACAAUUACGUGGAGAUAGUAAACGUAUUCGUUUGAAAUAUUCAUAUCCUCCUGUUAUUGGUUUUGUAAGUAGUAAUGUUAAACGUGAUCCAAAUAUUGAUUACAUUAUUGAUUCACAUAAAGCAAAUAUUAUUGAAAAUCCUUAUACAAGAUUAGCUCAAACAACAUUACAAGCUUUUCGACCACGUUUAAUGACAAAUCUAACAGAAAAUCAAGUACAUUUUAAUGAUACAAAAGAUCCAGUAAUUGAUUCAACAAAUAAUAAGACUGUAAUUCAAUUUGAUAAUAAUAAAUGGGAUGAUGGAUCAAAUAGUGAUGGUGAUACAGAUAUUAUAUCGAACGAUCAAUCAAGUUUACAAAUUUAUGAAGAAACAUGUAAACGUUUAAAUAUUUCAAUAUGUUCAAUGAUUUUACAAUCAUUAAAUACAACAAAAAUCAAUUUAGAAAACUAUGGACUUGGACCAAAAGGAUCAGCAUCAUUAGCUGCAGCUCUUAUACGUAAUACAACAGUUUUAUCAUUGAAUCUAUCAGGAAAUAAUAUUGGAAAUACAGGCAUGUCUUAUAUCUAUCAAGUUCUUAAAGAAAAUAGUUAUGUUGAAGAAUAUAAUCUUUCGUAUAAUAAUCUCGGCACCAAAGGUAUUCGUAAAUUAGCAGCUGGAAUUGCUUCUUGUAAUCAAUUAAAAUGUUUAAAUAUUGCUGGAAAUGAACUAAUAGCAAGUGAUAUUAAUAUUUUACUAUUACAAUUCGAGGAACGUUCGAAUAUUCGAGAUCUUAAUUUAAGUCAUAAUCAAUUAAAUGAAGAAGGUGGCAUUUCUAUUGCUAAAUGGCUAUGUGAUGAUAAUGUUUUACUUAAACUUGAUUUAAGUUGGUGUAGUAUUCGUUUAAUGGGUGCUUGUGCUUUAGCUAAAGCAAUUGGUGAUAAUAAUAGAUUAAUAUCACUUGAUUUAUCAAAUAAUAGUUUUACAAAUGAUACAGUUGAAUAUUUAACAAAUUCAUUAACACGCAAUAUGGUUUUGAAUGAUUUGAAUUUAUCUGGGAAUCAAAUUUUUUGCCAAUAUAAUACAUAUAUUGAAGAAAAUCCAUCGAGUUUAAUUACGGGAAAUAAUACGUCUAUUUAUGAUCUACUUGUCGUAGCUAUGACAAAUCAAGUAUUAAAAAGAUUUCGAUUAGGACAUAAUCAUCUUGAUACACGUUGUAUGAUAAUUAUAUUAGAAGCAUUAUCAAAACUUGAUAAUAUAUCAUUAGAAGAACUUGAUUUAACUGGUUUAACAUUAAAUUCAAAACAAAUUUCUCAUGUUGAAAAACUUUUUGCAAAUCAUAAACAAUUGAAAUAUUAUAUUGAACCAAUAAAAAAAACAAUAGAACAAUUUGUUAAUCAUCUUUUAAAUUUAAUUCAUACAUAUUGUGAUGAAAAUGAUAUUGAUUUGACGGAUUUAUUUAUUCCAUAUGAAGAAAAUCGGGUGUCAGUUACUUAUGAUCAAUUUCUGUUUAGUUUAAGAAAAGCUAAAAUACCAUUUCCAAUUGCACAAAUUGAAAAUAUUAUGAAAUAUUUGGGAAAAGACAAUGAUCAAGGAAAAAUCUUUUUAAGAUCUUGUUCGAAAGAUGAUGAUUCAUUUCAUAAACAUACUCCAUCAUCACUUAAUACUUUAACACCACCAUCCACACCACAUAUGGAUUUAUUACGUCAACAAUAUGCUUAUUUAUCAACUAAUCCACAACAAAAUUAUCUUCAUUCAUUUACCUAUGAUUGUCUUAUGGCACAACAAUUGCUUGAUAAUUAUCGAAUCUUAACUGAACAACAAAAAUAUGGUUAUACUUCAAGUGAAGAUGAAACAAUAAAUGAACAUUUUCGAAAAUCAUUAGGAGAUAAUUAUGGUAAAUUUACAGAUCGUUGUUUUACUCCUGAUGAUUCCUCAUCGAAUAGUUCAUCUAUUGAACAAACUUCAGUCGAUUCAAUCGAAGAACAUUUCGCUCGUUCCCUUGCGAAAUUUGGGUCAAUGAAUCCUGAUGAAAUUUCAUCGAUUAAUCGUCAAAUAACUGAAUCUGUUGUUGAUGAUCAUUUUGCUAAAGCAUUAGGUUCAAAAACAUGGCAAAAAUUAAAAGAUAAAUUAUAA